AUGUCUGCAACAACUCCUCAGACUUUGUUUGAAGAUGCCAAGGCCUAUUUACAAAUCACAAAUGAAAAUGGCAAAUCAAUAUACGAUAUGUUGAUUGAUAUUGUAACAUAUCUUCAAAAUCAAAAGAACAUUAAAGAAAUCAACUUGCGAUCGCUCCUGCAAAACCUUUCGGAAGAUGCUUUCAAGUACGGAGAACGAGCUAGAUUUGAAGAACUCUUUCGCAUGUCCAAACCAAAUCAUGAAUCUUGCGUCAAAGCAAAGGAUAUUAUUGCCAUUCUUUCAAAGCACAAAGAGCAAAUGCAGGAAGAAUUCUCAAAACGAAGAGACGAAUUGAAAGCAAUCAACGCAAAGAAAGAUGAUGAAGAAAACAAUGAAGAAACUGCCACCGAAGAAAAUCCAGAGGAUAAAAACUAUGUAUACAGCAAUCCCGACGGAAUUUCGAAUUUAAUUGAGGAUUUUUAUGCUCUUUCAAAUGUUGGAAUUGCACUUCCUCAAGAAGAAAUUUGUUUCAUUCAAAUAGCUCUAAAAACUCUCAAAAACUCCAAAAAACUGAGCAAUGUUCGGUUCUUUGGAAAGAUUUUUGGAAUUCAAUCAAAUUAUUAUGUUUUCGAAAGCAAUUAUCAUUUUGAAGAAAGACAGCAAGAAGAUAACAUUCAUGAGAGCUCUGGAAAGCCAGGCAUCAACAGAUACACCUAUUGGGUUUUGAGCUCCAAGAGGUCAGAAAGUCCUUUCAGUUUUGUAAAAUUGCCAGACGUAACCCCAGAGCAAAUUCAAGUUGCGAGAGAAAUUACAAAACUAUUUUCAGGUGAUUUGAAUCGACCCGUACAUUCAUAUCCAGUGUUUCCAGGAAAAGAAGCUAAUUAUCUUCGAGCCCAAAUUGCACGAAUUGUACAUGGCUCUACUCUCGCCCCUGUUGGUCUGUUUGAGGAACGAGAAAUUCCAGAAAAGGAAGAAGAAGAAGAUGAGGAAGGAAACAAAAAGAAAAAAGAACCCAAGUUUAAAGAACAACUUCCUCCAAUGGUCAAGGUUAAAGAAGGUUUUGAGCUUAAAAAUCCUGAAGAGAUGAAAUCGUUUGAGAACUGGGUGCAUCUCUAUCCAGGCAUUUUAAAGAGUGGGUAUCUCACGAAAGAGAAACAAGAAGGAGAUGAGGAAUCAGGAGAGGAGGGUGACAAAGAUCCCCUUAUUGCACCAUUAAGAUCUGUUCAAGAGGAUGAUCCUCUAAAACGAAGUAAAUUUACUUCUCAAAACGACAGAAAGAAAAAGCAUGAAGAAGAGGAUGAAGAGAAUGACGAAGGCGAAAAAGAGAAGGCAGGAAAAACUCCAGCAUGGAAAGUGAACAUGAGUAACGAAAGAAAACAAACAUGUCAUCACAAAUUCUUCAGGACUGUGUUAUUGAGCAGUCUAAGGUGGCCUGGGGCACAUUCAUUUUACAGAUUGACCGGUCCUACGUGUCAUUUUGGAAAUGUGUAUAUUGGAUAUGGUGUGAAGAGUCCUGGAAUUUCCUUUACACCCCAAUUCCCUCCAAUGGUGGUCGAGGAACUCAAAGAGCCAACUGAUCAAACCGAUCCAAAUCCCAAUGAUAUCAAAAGAAUGCUACAGGGCCUCGAACCAACCGCAGAAGAACCCUCUCAAGAGGGAGAUGAGGAGGAGAAGAAUGAUGAAGAGGAGGACGAAUAA